AUGAACAACACCCCAAGUGCUUCUUCAUCAUCCAACAACAACAACAACAAGAGAACAUACUUUGACUUUUUAGAUGAAGAUUUUUAUCACCUUUUCAAUGAUGAAUCAAUAUUUGAAGACAGUGUUUUUGAAAGUGGUGCAUUUCUCAAUUUUACAGAACAUGAAAAUAUACAGAGACAGAUAGAGAAUCAGGUUGUUUGUCCAAAGAAGAUUCGUACAGUGUAUGAUUUGACUACUUCUCCUACAAUUAGUCCAAGUGAAAUGGUUUCGUCUGCUGAUCGAUCUGAAAAGAGAAUUAUCCAACGAGUCGAAAUUGAAGGAUUGAAUGAAAAUUGUUGGUCUAACAUUGUGUCAUUCAUUGGAAAGGAAGAAUUUCUUUGGUUUAAACCAUAUUUGAUCAAUAGAGAUGUCUAUGAAAAGAUAUUCGAAAGUGAAUCAUUUUGGGAAGCUUUCUUCCAAUCGACAUGGAAAGGAGAUGAACAAGUUGGUAAAUGCUAUGAUUGGCUCUAUAAGAGAGGAUAUUGUCUGAGAAAAUUUCACUCAUUCCAAACUCAUAAUUCCUUAAAUAUUCACAUCUUGACAGGUCAUUCACAUGAUAACGUUAAAUACCUGUCACAAGUAUAUAGUGACAUGUCCAGUUCGUGUUUCAUCACAAAAAGUAAUUCACAUAACGGACAAUCUUUCCACAUUCAAUGUCCUAAUGGAUGGUUAAGUGAUGUCAAUUGGCUUGUUGACAUUUUCCUGAAAGAGAAACCAAUUCAUCUUUUUCUCAAAUUGGAAAUCAAAUCCUUCUCGUCCUUUUUGUCACGUGAUUUGAGUGUAGAAGCAAUUCUUCCAUCUGCCACUAAUCAACCAAUCAAAAUAUUUGGAAAAGAUGCCAUUAUCAAGAAUGGUAUUAGGAAAUUAUUUAAGGAAUUGAAUUUGGAUGAGGAGAAGAAUUUACCAAAUGAUGAAACUGAAUUGGAUUUGAGAUUUUCAAAUUUGAAAUUUGGUCAAUUGAUGCAAGAUAGAUAUUUCAUUUGGUUUUGUAAUUCAAUUCUGAGUUGGAUUCCAUUUCCUAUUGAGGAUGUCUAUGGAGUUUCUGAUUAUUCUGAUCAUUUGUGUUUCAGUGUAAAUGAUGCAAGAAAUGAAAAAAUUGAAAGAUAUUUCGAAUUGAAGAAGGAACUUGGUUUCUAAUAGUAUGAUAGAUGGCCAGUUGGUUAAAUUGGUUAAAUUAUGUAAAUAGUCUAAUAUUAAAUAUAUCAUGUAAAUAUCUCUGUAUC